CGGUCAACAUUCAAAUCCCAAUCUCCAAGGAACACGAAGCCCUCCCAGUCAGUCUCCGCCAUCAGUCUCUCUUUUCCUUUUCCCUCCCGCUCGAUCUCUUCAAAGAAACAACGUUCAACUUUGCCGGCCGCAACCUAUAUAACCCGCAUUUUCAGCUCGCCCCACGCAUCCUACCACGACCAAAGCCGUCAUCAUCCUCCGCUGUCAUCUUCUUCCUCUCACGGCGCGGGCGGACGGAGAAGCCGGACCGAUGGUGACGCCGGUGUCUCUCCCGCGGCGCCUCCGCGGGUUCCGCGACCGCGGCGGCGCCGUGUCUUCCGAGAUCCCGCUUACCUUGACCGUCAGACGAACACCUUGCGGGCAGCAGCAGCAGCAGCCCGAGGUGCCGGCGCAGUUCCUCUGCCCGAUCUCGCUGGAGAUGAUGCGGGACCCCGUGGCGGCGCCGACGGGGAUCACCUACGACCGGGAGAGCGUGGAAGCCUGGCUGAACCGCGGCCGCUCCACGUGCCCCGUCACCGGCCGCCCGCUGCGGCUCGAGGACCUCGUCCCCAACCACGCCACGCGGCGGCUCAUCCAGGACUGGUGCGUCGCCAGCGGCAUGGCCGACGAGCGCGCGCCCACGCCCCGCGUGCCGCUCUCCGCUCUCGACGCCUCGGAGCUCAUGGGCGCCGUCGCCGCCGCCGCAGCGCCCGGGGACGGCGCCGCGUGCCGGGAGCUCGUGGCCAGGGCCAUGGCGCUCGCCAGGGACAGCGACCGCGACCGCCGCUGCCUGGCGUCCGCCGCGCGCGCCGGCGCCGCGCUCUCCUCGGCCUUCUGCAGCCUCUCUCGCCACGACGCCCAGACGGCAUCAUCCGCUGGCGUCCUGGAGGAGAUCCUGGCUGCCAUCGUCGUCUUCUCCAGCCCGCUCGACGCGGACUCCAUGCGCCGCAUUGCCUGCUCCCCUUCGUCCCUUUCCUCCGUGGUCUCCAUCAUGUCCAACGCCGAUCUCUCACUCCCCCACGCCAGGGCAGCCGCGGCCGUCGUGCUCCGCGAGAUCGCGUCUUCCUCCGACGCCCAAUGCCUCGACGCCAUGACCAACACGCAUGCCAUCUACGUCGCUCUUGUCAACAUCUUGCAGAACCCCGUCUCGCCACAGGCCACGAAAGCCGCCCUGGUGACGGCCUACUACCUGGUGACCGCGCGCGGCGAGCUCGCCGCGCCGCACAUGGCAGAGCUCGGCAUCGUGCGGCACCUCAUCGAGCUCCUGGUGGACUGCGACAAGGGGACGACGGAGAAGGCGCUGGCGGCGCUGGACGCGAUGCUGCUCAAGUGCGAGGAGGCGAAGGGAGAAGCGCGCUCGCUGCGGGCGCUGGCGGUGCCGGUGCUCGUGAAGAAGAUGCACCACGUGUCCGACAUGGCCACGGAGUUCGCGGUCUCGGCGCUCUGGCGGCUCUGCAAGAACGACGAUGACGUGAACGGCGGGUGUAAGGCUGAGGCGCUGCAGGCCGGAGCGUUCCAGAAGCUGCUGCUGCUGCUGCAGGUGGGCUGCGAGGGCGUCGCCAGGGAGCGGGCGAGCGAGCUGCUGAGGAUGCUCAAUGGGGCCAGGGAAGACGGCGCCGAGUGCAUUGACACGGUGGAUUUCAAAGCGCUCAAGAGACCAUUCUGAGUGAUCUUAAUGUGCAUAUGUCGUAGAAGAUGCUGAUAGAAUUAGGUUUAGCUUCGAUCGAUCUCCUUUUGUUCGCGGGAGCGAAUUUUCGGGACAGGCAAAGUUAUGAAUGAUCCCGUAUAAACUUGGGUGCAAGGAAUUCAGAUACAUAGGUGACUGUGGAAAGUCAUGGAAAAAAUAAAAUCAUACAUGUACAUGCAUGUAGAGAAUGAGCAGAACUCGUUCUUGUGAAUUCAGUACAAAAAAUGAUCAUUUGCAAGGUGUAAAAAUCAAAAAUACAUAAUCUACUGAGAAAAACCA